AUGAUAAGAAUACUACCAAAAUCACAAUCAAAUUCAUACUCUUCAUUCAUAAGAAGACUUUCGUCUGAUUCUUCCAAAUCAACAAGAAGAUUUAUGCAAACUGCACCUUUAGCUUCAAAUGAUGUUUCUUAUAUACCUUACAAAUUCCAUCAACAACAACAAAGUUCAAAUGCUUCAAGUCAGGCUAAUUCAGAAUCAAAUACUUCAUCUAAAUCAAUCCCAUCUGGAUGGGAAAGACAUUCAAUUUCAAGAUCUUUUAAAGAUUUAGGUAAAAAAUCAAGUCCUCAACAACAACAAACUCAACCAUCACAACAGCAAACUCAACAAGCAUCAACUACACCUACACCUACACCAACUAAAGAAGCAUCAACUACACCAAAACCAGCAAGAAAAGUUAGAAGAACAUUAAAACCACGUAAAGCUCUUAUAACGUUAUCACAAACUGCAGUUCAACAUUUAAGAGGAUUAUUAGAUCAACCAGAACCAAAAUUAAUCAAAAUUGGUGUCAAGAAUCGUGGUUGUUCAGGUUUAACUUAUCAUCUGGAAUAUAUCAGUGAACCAAAUAAAUUUGAUGAAGUUAUUGAACAAGAUGGUGUUAAAGUUAUUAUUGAUUCAAAAGCUUUAUUUUCAAUUGUUGGAUCAGAAAUGGAUUGGUUAGAUGAUAAAAUUAGUUCAAGAUUUAUUUUCAAAAAUCCAAAUUCAAAAGGUACUUGUGGAUGUGGUGAAUCAUUCAUGGUUUAA